UCAGCAACACAGAGAUUCCAAAAAUAAAAGAAACAAAUAAAUUCCAAAACCUUCUCUCCUAAUUCGCAAUCAAGAAACUUGCAAGAUCUGGUAAAAACCAUGGAAGAAGGAGAUUUUUUCAAUUGUUGCUUCAGCGAGACUAAUAGUGGCAUGACUAUGAUGAAUAAGAAGAAGAUGAAGAAGAGCUAUAACCAGAAGAGGUUUAGCGAGGAACAGAUCAAGUCACUUGAGCGUAUAUUUGAGUCUGAGACGAGGCUCGAACCGAGGAAGAAGGUGCAGGUAGCUAGAGAGCUAGGGCUGCAACCAAGACAAGUGGCUAUAUGGUUUCAGAACAAGAGGGCUCGUUGGAAAACAAAGCAACUUGAGAAAGAGUAUAACAUUCUCAGAGCCAAUUACAGCAAUUUGGCUUCACAAUUUGAUAUCAUGAAGAAAGAAAAGCAAGCUUUGGUCUCUGAGUUGCAGAGACUAAAUGAAGAGAUACAUAAUAAGCCUAAAGAAGAAAGGGAUCAUGAGUGUUGUGGUGAACAAGGGGUGGCUCUAAGCAGCAGCACAGAGUCGCAUAAUGGAAAGUGUGAGCCAGAAGUGAGGUUAAAUCAAGGGAUUGUUCUAUGUAAUGAUGAUGGUGAUAACAACAACAUCAAAACAGAGUAUUUUGGGUUCGAGGAAGAGACUGAUCACCAUGAGCUCAUGAACAUUGUUGAGCAACCUGAUGAUAGUUGCUUGACAUCUUCUGAUAACUGGGGAGGUUUCAAUUCUGAUUCUCUCUUAGACCAAUCUAGCAGCAAUUACCCCAAUUGGUGGGAGUUUUGGACAUAAAAAGCAUAUAAGAAAAUAGAAAAGUGAUUAGAAAGAGUGUGGAUAGUUUUGUAGGAUGUUCUGUAAUAAAAAAAUAUCUUGUUUUCGAUCUAUGUUUUGCUAUGUUCAAUAAAGCUAAAAUAUAAGUAGUAAA